AUUUUUCUACAUUUAUUUAUGCUGAUUUGAAAUUUAUAGAUAUAUUAUAUAUUAUCGAGUGAUAAUGAUUUCGUCUGCUAUAUCUGACAAAUGCGCGGGUAGAGUGGGCAGAUCAACAAACUUGUCGGUUUACGGGUUAUACGCACGGUGCGUUGACGUGUUCGCAGAACAUCUUAUUACCUGGUUUUUUUUGUGAUGCGGUCUUUAAAUUGUGUUUAGUCUUCUUUUCAUCGAUCUGAAAACAAGAGGAGUCGUCAAAAAUGGAAAAAAGUACAAAAAUCCACAAGGAAAAGCGGCCGAAAGCCCAGCUAGAUUCGCAAAAUAACCUUCAAGAUAUAAAAAAUGCAGAACAAUCGCCAAGUGUGCAAAAAGACGACUCGAAGGCCAAUUCGGCAAAAGAGGACGUCAAAGAGGACACCGUGGAUGGUUUAAAAAGUCAGCUCGAAACUUUGAUGAAUUCCUUAGCAGUAUUAUCAGCUGAAAAGUCAAAGAUGGAAGCCACUUUCCAGAGUGAGAAAAAACAAAUCAGGGGUGAACGCGAAGAAUAUGAAAGAGUUGUGAAAAAUCUAAAAGAUAAACUAAAACGUAUCCAAGGCCAUGCUAUGUCAGAAGUGGAACAUCUCAAGUACAAGUUGAUUAUGGAGCGACAUGAGAGAGAAAAGGAACAGACGGAACAUUCCACAUUAACAAAAGAAUUACAUAAAAAAGUUAACAGCGAGCAGAAAGCGAGGGAACAUCUAGAGUUGCAGCUAAAAGAGCUGAAAAACUCUAUUCCGAGCAAGUCUCAGAACAGAAUUUUAGAAGCAGAACUUGAUGUUUUAAAGAAUAAAUUAAAGCAGGCUGAAGCAGCAGCAAACGAAACUCCAGUAAUGCUAUUGAACCUUCAAUCGGAAAUGUCAUCCAUGAAAAAAAAGCACAGAAACGCUAUUCUUGAGGAGCAAAGAAGAGCAGCUCUAGCAGAGCAAGAAGCUAAAGCUUUGGCAGCCAGUCACGAGGCAAGAGUUGCUGGUUUAGAAGCUAGACUGGCAGAAUUAUCUGAUAUUGUUGGGGGAUACGACAGGCUACGACAGCAAGAUCAAAAGUCCAUUCACAAGCUGAAGGAUCAGUUGAUCACUCUACAGAACAAUAAAAAAUCGGACAGAUACGAUAAUCCUCAACAGUUAGCAGAAAAAAUUAAAAGUCUCUAUUUUCAACUAGUAGAAUUAGACAAAAGUAGUUCGUGUACAAAUGUUAAGGAUUUACUGAACAGCUUGAAGCUGUGUGAUCAAAGCCAAGACUUUGUUUACAAAGAAAAGUACGAAGCGGUUCUUCAGGAGCUAGAAGAACUAAAAAGCCGUCCAGUUGCAAACGAAACACAGCAGCAAAAUAACGAGACUGCUACCUCCAACAACGAAACCCAGCUGCACAGAGCAAAAUCUCACAAUAAAAAUCUGGAAGAAAAAUUGCGCAUGCUAGUUUCCGAGAUGUCGGAAAAGGAAAAAGAGUUUCAGAAGAAGCUCGAGAAGCAGCAUCAGAUUAUGCAAGAACAGUAUUCGAAAACUGAACAGUUGCUAGCUCAAAAGGACAGUGAAUAUCAGAAUAAAAUAGUCGCUUUGGAGCAGCAACUCCUCAGACAGCGCGAACGAUCUCUGACUGUGAUACAAGAAAAGGACAAGGAGAUACAGAUGCUGAAGUCAUCCUUCGACGCGCUACUACCUAAGAAAAGUAUUAUGCUAGACGGAGGAGCUCAAAAGUUCAAUUUACCAUUGGCGAGACACGGCAGCGUGAAAAGCGAAGCUAACGAUCUGGUGUCCGGCCUCAUAACCAUCGAGAAUAAUCCUCCUAUGCUUUACUAUACCCAAGAACUCGCUCGCAAGGAAGUUCAAAUUUCCGGUUUACGGAAGCAAAAUGUGCAAUUGGAAACCUCGCUGCGCGACCUCGAGAGGAACUCUUUCCGCAUAGCUGAAAAGCACGACGAGGACAUUCAGAAAUUGGAAACGCAGAUAAAAAGACUGGAAGCAUCGAAGUCGAGGGAAGGUGCAAAUCUCGAAUACCUCAAGAACGUCUUUAUCAACUAUCUGACGAGCCACGACUCGGCUCGCAAGCGUCACAUGCUCAACGCGAUAUCCACAGUCUUGCGGUUCACGCCCGAGGAGAGCGAAAGAAUCGCGAAGAUCAAAUGAGGAAGGGUUUUAUUUUUUUAAAUUUAUAUACGUACAAAAGAGACGGCACAUAUCUGUACAGCCUAAAAUUUAAGGAACAAUCUUGUGUGUUUGUAUAUAUGUGUAUAGAUAAUAGGAUAAAUAAAUGUCUGUACAUAGUGUAUAUACAAAA